UUAUAAUUGAAUUUUUAAUUUGUUGAUAAAUAAGCAAAUUUCGCAAAUUAGUCAUUAAGCAUUCUAGUGUAGACUAAAGUACCGUGUCUAGUGAUAAGUGAUGUGAAUAAAGUCAUAAAAAAGAUGGAAGAAUUAGAAGAUCUUCUACAAAACAACAAGGAAAAAUUCUAUAGACAAUUUUCUUGUUCGAACAUCCAGGAUAAGAACAAAGAUUUCAUAGGAAAAGUAUGGGAACUCAUUGGAAAAAACCUGUUAUCCAAGAACGUAUUGUAUUUAUCCUUAAUGCUGCAUAAAAACGACGACCUCUUAGAUAAGUGCAUCAGCUACGACAAAGAGACAUUGAACAUUGAAAAAUCUUUAAAGGAUCCCAUAUCGUUGUUCGAUUAUACGGUGCACACAAAGAAGCAUUGGUUUUAUAAAUUAAUUAAAAAUAGCAGCGGUUUUGAUUUACCCAAAUUAGCCUAUCUACAAUUAAUUAACAUAACAAAUAAUGAAUUUGCUAACAAUCACUCUCACUUGGAAGAGUUUAUUAUAAAACAAUGCCAAGAUAUAAACUAUAUUGAUAAAUUUUGGAUCUAUUAUGCACAAGAAGUCAAAUACAUUUUAAACCUUAUAGAUGAUUUGAAUAUUAAUAAUAAAGACAUCCUGAACCAUGCAUGUCAAAAUAGUGUGCUAGAACUUGCCUCAGAGUAUCUAGACUUGGAUUGCAAACAUGCCAAUGUGCUAUCUUUAUUGCAAAAACUAAAGCCCCAAACAUUCCCUCAUGAAGAAGACAUAGAGGGCCAAAUAAGUGUUUUAACAAGCUAUUCAAUUUUGGCUGAAUUUUUAAAAAUACUCAUCAGAAAUAAUAACAGUUUAAAUAUAAACGAAAUCCUCACACAAAUUCAAAUGGAGUUAUUGAAUAUCAAAGAUCACAAGUUGCAAUUGCAACUUUUACAGGUGAUUUUCAGUUGUAUUUUUCUAAAAAGUAGCCACAUUGAUAAUUCAUCAACAGACAAGUACAUUUGCAAUGAAAAAGAAUUAAGAAUAAUUUUAUUUACACUUAAAACAGUUAUGGAAGAAAUUAAAUUCAAGCGGAUUUAUGAUGAAGAUAAUCUGGCUAAACUAAAUGAAUUAUAUAAAAUGGUCACAGACGCUUCUUGGAGAUUAGAGUUAAUCAUAAGCGUAGUCCCAGCAGGCAAAUGCAACGACAAUUUGUUGCAAUAUUUACUAGCAGAGCCAGAAUCCCUCAUAAAUCUCUGCUUGAAGAGCAACUGCGAUUUCAAUAGGGCUUCGCAAGUAUUACAGAUCUUCAGUCUUGAAAGUUCGUCCUUAGCCCAGGAAAUCCUUUAUACUGAGAAGCUUCAAGAACUCAAAGACAUUUUCAAAAAAACCAGCAAAAUUCGUAAUAUCCACCAAGACACACCCGAGUUGGCAGUGCCGAAAAUCAAACUGAAUUUAGAUGAUAUUGCAGAAGAGUUUUUCCGGAAACACCCCAAUAAUAAAUGUGAAGAAUCUGACAAAAUCAUCCAAGAAAAUCUGGAAUGUUAUCCAUUUUUAGACCAUUUCAAAUCAGAAAACGAGUUAUUGAUGAAUAUUUUGGAUUUAGCUAUAACUCAAACGAACACGUUCGAUGACUCGAGGGCUUUGUUGCAUUUGGCUUCAAACUAUAACACUUUGAACGAUAAAGAGUCAGAUUUUUCUAUAUUUGCCAGGAAAUUGUUGAUUUUGUUUAAUGAAAUUGGCGAAAAAUCAAAUGUAACUUUGGGAAACAUUUUAUUGAAUCCUGAAAUUGUUUUGGAUAAAAACCAAUGGCAAAAACAAGAGGAAUUUUAUGAAAAAUUACAGAAAAUGUAUGAAGAAUUUAAUGCCAGCUUAUUAAACAGUGAAGCAGGCGUUUUAAAUAAGGAUCAUUUGAGUCAUAAAUUAUGUCAAAAUUUGUCUAAUUACUUAUCCGAGAACUCAAACAAUGAAAAAUAUUUACAAAAAUUAUUCAAUUAUAUUAAAGCCUUUAGUAAAGUCCUUUACAUAGAAAAAGACACUUCAGUGUUGAUAUCCAAUAACGAAAAUACUUCAUUUUUUGCCUUACUUACCUUCAACCGUUCAGAAUUGAUGGGCAAAUUACUUUUCGAACAAAAUCUAGACCCAAAAGAAUUCGAAAAAUACUUCCAAAAGCUUAAAUUAGACUUUUUAUAUCACGUCACAGGCAAUUGCUUUCCAACAAUCAAUUUAUACACAGACGAAAAUGUUGCCAAAGACGAACUCUAUCCAGAAAACACCUUAUAUGCUCCCAACGAAGCUGUUAUAACUUAUAUCAAAAAACGCCACUGGCUUUUGGCACUGAUUCUAAUAGAAAUGUAUAAAAUUGAAGAUGUUGAAAUUGUCGAAGUGGGUGAAUCCAGAAUACAACAUUUCAUCAACUACCUGCGAUUGCCUAAAAUCCAAAAUUUGCAAGACCUAUUCAAAUGCAACGAAAUAAUCGCAGCAGUGCAAAACGACAUUAGUUAUCACAAUACGCAAGAGUACGUUUACGCGGAAAUCAAAAAGCACGAUUUUGGUUCUUCGACUCAAACUAGUCACUCUAGCGACAGCUUGGAAACUGCAGAGGAAAUUUUAGAGGACGAACUCAAAACAACCAACUGGAGGAAGCUUUUUAGUAUUUUAGACUCAAUUCCGGAAAAACAGUUUAAAAAAGAGCCAGAUUUUGUCAGUUUACGUGACAUGGUUUUGGUGAAUUUGGUUAAGGACGCAUUUGAGUGUGGGUAUUACAAGUUCACUCUGGAAAUAGCCGAUAGGAGUUUGAGGACUAAUUUGCUGUUGGAAAAUAUGAAAACCUGGCCUGAAGAUUUUUGUAUAAAUAGCAUCAAGUGUGAGUUGACAAGGUUCGAGAAGGAGGAAGAAGAGGAAACUGAGGUUGUUGAAGAGUUGAAACUGUGGCUGAAGCAUAUUGAACAUAGUAAAAAGGUGAUGCAUAUACUGGAAGUUACUUCGUGGUCAAACAUGUACGACAUGUGCACCUUUCAACCGAAAGAGGUUCUGAACAAACUGCUUGCCAGCAAAGAAAUCAAUUUGCUGUUAGAAUUUAUUGAGCUCCAUGAAGUGAGCAACGCGAUGCUCCUAUGCAUAAACGAAGACUUUCUAGAAAGCGCCUUUGAGAUUCCCAUGGACUUAAAAUCGAUAAAAAAGUUACUAAAAUUCCUACCGCAAAAUCAUGCAAUUAAAGUGUGUCAAAAUUUGCUAGGUAUCCUUAAAAACGUCAGCCACUUACAAUUUAUUUGCGACUACUUAACGAAACGCACCAAUCAGGACGAUUUAGCCAAUGUAGCAUUGAGUUUGAAAAUGCUCUCUGUGUUUACUCAAAACGAAUUUGAUCAGCAACUUUUGUUUUUGCUCAGAGACCCUAUGAGCAUUAUAGAGGUACUGAUAAUGAAUACAAAAUUGGAUAAACUAGCUGCCGUGUUGGAAAUGAUUAAAAAUUGCAUUCCGGUGACUGAAAUUAAGGAAGAACCUGUUACUGUGGAGAAAAUCGAUGACGUUUUAAGGAAGUAUGCCGAGAAAAGUUUAGAUUUUAGAGUUAUAGCCCAACCAGAGCCUAGAUUGUUGUCUACGCCGGAGCACAAACUUUUACAGUCGUUGGAUUCGAUUAAUUUAGAUCCUGACGCAAAAGUGUUCAUAAUGCCUGAAGAAGUCCCUUCAAAAGACCAAUGGGUAGCAAACUCUGAAGUCAUCGAGUGCAUGUGCUGCACAAAUGUAUUCUUCUCGAUGUUCAAUCGUAGACACCAUUGUAGAAGAUGUGGAAGAGUUGUUUGUUACAGUUGCUCUAAAAAGCGGAUGAUUGUUCCUACCUAUGGAGACAUUUUAGUGCGAGUUUGCACUGAUUGUUUCAAGCAAACUUUUAAAGAUGCCGUAAGCGAAGAUACAACGUCAACAAAAUCUGCACUGGAUGACUACUGGAUGCUGACCAAUGAUCUGGAUCAUAACAGGAUUGUGAGGGAGGAGUUUUCUUACGAGUUUGCUCCUAGUGUGUCGUUGUGUUUGAGUUUGAUGAAGUUUCAUUCGGCUAGCGAUGAAAAGGCAAAAUUUCUACUUGACCAAUGUGAUAUUCUUCUAAAACUACUCAUACCCAAUCAAGACCACCUGCAAGAAAUCGAUUAUAUGUUGGUGAUACGAAUGCUCAAAUCAUUAGCUCUAGCAGCAAAACUGUCCUCUCAAGAUACCAGCCUGCGAUUCGGGUCGUCGUCAGCCGAUCGAAUUUUAACUCAAGCUGAACUGUUAUCGUUGCUAGCUGAAAGGGGCUGUUUAAGUUUACUACCAACCAAUAAUUCGGCAUUUAUCGAUUCGAUUUCGCUAAUGAGACUCACUGACAAGUUGCUAGAAAGGGAACAGUGGCAGUUGGCGUUGGAGGUGUCUACUAAAGCAGGAAUCGACAAGUCGGGUGUUUUCGUUGCUUGGGGUAUAAGCUGCUUAAAAGCCGGAAGUUUAGUAUCAGCACGUGAAAAAUUCAGCAAAUGUCUGGAUAAAAAUGCGCAUCACGAUGCCAACUACUACGACAUAGACAGCGCUUCGCUGAAAGUAAUCAAAAAUCCUCCAUUGUUGAAUGAAAUAAUCAAAAUUCUCGAAUCCAAAAAAGAGACGCUCGACGAAGAAGUGGUAAUUGACCAUUCAAAAUUCUCCGGGUCGACAAUGACACUAAGUCAAAGUGUGGUUUCUACUUCUCCAGCAGAUGGUGCCAUCUUUAUUUUGAAUAAACUGAAAAAUUUGAAAAAUAUCGAAUUGGGCUAUUAUUCGUUGAAAAAACGAGGCAACAGUGCUGAUCAGAAAUUAGAAAAAGUAAUAUACGACGAGUGCGUUUAUUAUUUGAGUAGAUACGGCACUGGCAUAAGUUUAGUUGAAUUCCACAUAAAAUAUGGCAACUUUUCCAAGGCACUGAAUUGCAUCAUCAAAAAAAAUCUCUCGCCUGAAGUUUUUGUGGAAACUUACAUGAAGUGCUUGAAGCACGGCAACAUAAGCACCCUUCAAGCUCACAUGUCUGAGAUAGACUCAACACUGACGAUUUGGAAAGACCACUUAAUGCAAAUUUGCUGUUACUUGGCUAAACGCAAUUUAUUGCACAGCCUUUAUCAGCUUCAACUUUACAUGGGCGACUAUGUCCGGGCGGCAAUGACUUGCUUCAGGUUUUACGAGGAAAAAGCUAGUUCGUUCACUGAUUUGCUGAAUAAUAGUCACUUUUUAUAUAAGUCGCAAGAACACUUGAGACAAGCUAAAGAACAGGAGCAGUGGAUUACAGUGUCUACAGUUCGGACGAUGGAAUCAGAAGAAACCUUCGAUGUCACUAGUGUUGAAAGCCCUCUAAUUAAAAAAAUGACGAGUGAAGAAAUCGACAAGCACACAGCCACAAUUUUAACGCAAAUCGAGGCUUCCCAGUUUCUGGCGGAUUGUGAAAAAAAUGGCGUAAUGCCUAUGCAAUUAUAUCUGGAAAUAUUUCCAAAUCCGGACAACAUCCCUAAAAACAAAAUCAGCAUCCCCACUCUCUUCGGCCCAUCAGAUCAACGCAAAUACCUUGCGGCCCUUUGCAUAAUUUGCGCUCAAACUAUCGAACAAGGUUUCGCAUUCGGCCUAAGGAUCAUUAAAGAAUUCAGGCUUAAGCCAAUCCUAGUUUACAAGGAAACUGGUAAAUAUUUAGCCCAAACCAAACGAUUCAGCGACAUAGCCGAACUAGUGAAUUGUAUUAAACAAUCGAGCAACGGAAAUGAUGAGGUGGUCGCAGUUUGUGAUGAAAUGCUCAUUUUUGCAGUGGCCACAUUGAAAAAUACAAGCAGCACGGAGGCCCACGUUGAAGAGUUGAUCAAACACAUUUCCGAUAAAACUGUAAAGAUUUCCGCUUACAUUGAAGCUCAACAGCUGAAAACUGCUUAUUUUUUGGCCACGAAAUACAAGAGGCUGGUGGAUUUAAGGAGGAUAAUGAGGGAGGCAGAAUCGACCAAUCAAACAGCUAUAAAACUGCUUUGUCAAAAGGCUAUUCAGCGAUACUCGGCAGAGAAUAAAUGAAUUGGUGAUUGUGAAUAAAUUAAAAAGGCUCGUGGAUGUGGAUAAACUAUAUAUUUGAGUGGCUGUGACAAAGUAAUUUAGGAUAUUGAGGAGGUCAAAGUCAAAGUUCUAGAAUGUGACACUUUUUUUAAUAAUCAAGAAACAAUCUUGUGAGCUUAUACCACAACAUGAGGAAAACAAAUUGACAACUUAGUAGAAAGUUCCAUUAAAACAACUAAAUAGAAGAUAUAUUUCAGCCUUAGAAAGACUCAAAAAACAUUUACUCUGGAACUUUACAAGUCUACUAGAGAACUGAAAUAGCGGUUUGAGGUGUUUUUUUUUUAACAUAUUGGUUUUCUUCUUCGCCCACACAUUUUCUGGAAUUUCGAAUUUGCACCCUGAUACUGUGACUGUUCUUAAAACUAAUAUAAAAAAUCCUUUUAUAAUUUCAUAUUUAUUUAUUUAUAUAUUUUAAUAAAAAUUAUAUUUACACUAAUAAAUAAUAUAAAUUUGUUUAUAAUAUUUUUGAAAAAAAAAACAUAUCCUACAGAAUAAAAAAAAUCACAAAACUGUAUCAAACCCUUUGAAACCCACCACCUUCAUGUAGAAAUUAUUCUUGGUAUGGCUCAAAAAAUUUUAUAAAAUAAAUUCAAAUUUUUCUUUCAUAGUAAAUGCUGGUCGAGCCUUCAGGGACAUUAUUGGCAAGAUUCAAGGCAAAUUACGUGUGAUGCAAAAUACUUAGAAACGAGAUUCACAAUAUUAAUUUUUUUCAUUUGAGUAUUACUUUAUUAAUCCUAACAGUAAAUAUUGGAUCAGUCCAAAAUGGACAUUUCAUUAAUCUUCUACUCGGAUAUGAUUAUCAGCUUCAUUUUCACCAUUAUUUACACCAUCCUCAUUAUUCUGCAAAGUUUCGGCUUUUUCCUCAAUUUCUGCAUUCAAUUUUUCCACAAACUUCUCAUCGAUUUCGCCGAUUUUCUUCAAAAAUGCUUCUUUCAAUUCGAUAUUCCAUUGAGUAAACCAUUCUUUGAACAAUUUAAU